CUGUUCAAAAAUAUUCCCUGUAACUCGCAUUCUUGGAGUCUGGAGCCACUUUCACCAAAGUGUGGACACUCUAUUCAAGUUUUACCUUUGCGCGAGACACUCAGAGCGCACGAGCUCGUCUAACCCACCUGGGUCACCACCGCGCGAGCAGCCUUUCUCCUCAGGCUCGUGCAGCUCGGGUUUGUGGAGUUGGGACCGCUAAACAUCUCCGUCCGAAAGGGAAACGAGGAGAGGGGAGACGGAAGGGAGGCAGGAAUCACAGACAAACCGAGCUGGACACACGCGUAACGUUAUUUUUGGGCGCCAAGCAAAGUAACGUUAACCGGAUAAAUGUAAACACCGUUUUUUAUCCUUCCUUUGGGCAUGUUUCCGCUGCCGGACAGGCUUGUUGUUUAGACUGUGUUGUGGAAAGAGGGAUAUCCCGACUGCUGUGUUGUAUCAUCUCCCUUUCUUUAUUGUUUGCUGUGGAAAUUACGGGAAGUUCUUGUUUCUAACUUCCGAGGAAACGUUAAAUGCAAAUACGGUGGGUGACUCCUGCUCUGGUUCAACAACUACACAGACCUGAGAGGCUGUUUUGUCCACAUUGUGUAGCAGCCUGUGCUGUUUGGUUCACUGAAAUGUGAGACACCAGUGAAGUCGCUACAUGACAAACCGCUGCACCCAGCUGUUUCAUUAGCCACCGCUGUAACCUCUCCAUUCACGCCUUUUUGGAUCGGAUAUGCGAAGCAAACUUUUUAAGAAUGAAGAGGAGAAAAUUCCCAUAGCACGCCUCUGUUGUCUGCUUACACCGCCGCCGUCCUCUCAACUGGAUCUGUGUUUUUAUUUGAGUCUUUCCCAGGGCUUCAUUUCCAUGUUGUGGAGACAGGAGAGCUGACAUGCGUCUGGGAUGGGGAUAUAGCGCGGUGACAUACAGUUGCGAAAUUGCCUGAUUAUUGAGCUGAUAGUGAAUGAUUAGGACUUCCGGAGCGGGUAGGGAGCCGACCGUAGUGCCUGUGUGUGCGCUGUGAAGCCAGCCCGGUGUGAAGCAGCUCGAGAACUCGGUUUUACUUUUGCGAGGAGAGUCUCCGGAGCCGAUAUGGAGGAGUGGAGACAAUGCGGGCGGUGGUUGAUAGACUGCAAGGUCCUGCCCCCGAACCACCGGGUCGUGUGGCCCUCGGCGGCCGUCUUCGACUUGGCACAGGCCCUGCGAGACGGGGUGCUCCUGUGCCAGAUGUUGCACAACCUCUCGCCCGGAUCAGUGGACCUGAAGGAGAUUAACUUCAGACCCCAGAUGUCACAGUUCCUGUGUUUGAAGAACAUCCGGACAUUCCUCAAGGUGUGCCAUGACAAGUUUGGCCUGCGCAACAGUGAGCUGUUUGACCCUUUUGACCUCUUCGAUGUCAGGGACUUCGGCAAGGUGAUCUCCGCUUUGUCAAGGAUCUCCCACCACAGCAUUGCACAAAUCAAAGGCAUCAGGCCCUUCCCAUCAGAAGACACAGCUCUGAACGAGGAUGAUGUGUACCGGAGUCUCGAGGAGCUCGCAGAUGAGCAUGACCUGGGUGAGGAUGACAUCUAUGACUGUGUGCCGUGUGAGGACGAUGGGGAUGAUAUCUAUGAGGACAUCAUUAAGGUGGAAGUACGACAGCCCAUGAAAAUGGGUAUGUCAGAAGAUGACAAAAGAAACUGCUGCUUAGUGGAGAUCCAGGAGACUGAAGCAAAGUACUACAAGACUUUAGAGGACAUUGAAAAGAAUUACAUGAUCCCACUGAAGCAAGUCUUGAGUCCGCAGGACAUGGAGGCUAUCUUUGUCAAUCUUGAGGAAGUAAUAAAAGUCCACUUUGCCCUCCUGCGAGCCAUCGACCUGAACAUGGUUAGUGGAGGAAGCGGCCUGGGGAAGAUCUUCCUCGACUUCAAGGAAAGGUUGUUGAUCUAUGGUCAGUACUGCAGCCACAUGGAGAACGCCCAGAAGACACUGGAUGAGCUAAUAGCAACGCGAGAGGACGUCAAGAUCAAAGUAGAGGAAUGUACUAUGAAGGUGCAGGAAGGGAAGUUCAAGCUGCAGGAUCUUCUGGUGGUUCCCAUGCAGAGGGUGCUGAAGUAUCACCUACUACUGAAGGAACUUUUGAGUCACUCAGCGGACCGACCAGAGAGACAACAACUCAAGGAGGCUCUGGAGGCUAUGCAGGACCUGGCCAUGUACAUCAAUGAAGUCAAGAGGGACAAUGAGACGCUGAAGAAAAUCAGUGAAUUCCAAAGUUCAAUAGAAAAUCUUCAGGUGAAACUGGAGGAGUACGGUAGGCCAAAGAUAGACGGAGAGCUGAAGGUGUGCUCCAUCGUCAACCGAACGAAACAGGACCGGUAUAUAUUCCUGUUUGAUAAAGUGGUGAUUGUCUGCAAGAGGAAAGGCUAUAGCUAUGAGCUCAAAGAGAUUAUAGAACUGCAGUCGUACAAAAUGUCCGACGACCCCAUGAACAACAGAGACAUGAAAAAGUCAAGUGGAAAAAUGUGGUCGUACGGCUUCUACCUGAUCCACCUGCAAGGCAAGCAGGGCUUCCAGUUCUUUUGUAAAACUGAGGAGACAAAGAGGAAGUGGAUGGAGCAGUUUGAAAUGGCCAUGUCCAACAUCAAGCCAGAGAGAGCCACAGCCAAUCAGCAUAACUUCCAAAUGCACACAUUUGAUAAGGACACCAACUGUCGAGCCUGCAAGAUGCUCCUGAGGGGCAUCUUCUAUCAGGGCUAUUUCUGCUCUCGCUGUGGAACAGGAGCACACAAAGAGUGUCUGGAAGUCAUCACCAUCUGUAAAAUCAAUCCUCAUGACUUGGAACCUGGAAUAUCAUCAGGUCCCAAGAUGGUGGCAGUGAGGAACUACCAUGGCACACCGGCACCUCCAGGGAAGACACCGCUCUGUUUUCAAACUGGGGAUUUUAUUGAGCUGCUGAAGGGUGAUCCUGACACCUCAUGGUGGGAGGGAAAGCUGAUACAAACACAAAAGAGCGGCUUCUUUCCCAGUUCAUGUGUAAAACCAUGUUUGGACCCAAAGCCCUUCCAGUCGUUAUCAAGCCGGCAGUCCUCGAGAGAAUCAGACUACUAUGGAUAUCCUUGGUUUGCAGGGAACAUGGAGCGCCAGCAGGCCGAUAACCUUUUAAAAUCCCACAGCAGUGGGACCUACCUUAUCAGAGAGAGGACAGCUGAGGCAGAGCGGUUUGCCAUCAGCAUCAAAUUCAAUGAUGAAGUAAAACACAUCAAAGUCAUUGAAAAAGACAGCUGGAUUCACAUCACUGAGGCCAAGAAGUUUGAGAGUCUUUUGGAGCUGGUGGAGUACUAUCAGGCCCAUUCACUGAAAGAAAGCUUCAAGUUGUUAGAUACCACAUUGCGAUACCCCUACAAGUCGAGAGAACGCUCGCUAACACGGGCCAGUACACGCUCACCAGCAGCCACCUGCGCCUCCUACAACUUCUCCUUCCUCAGUCCGCAGGGCCUCAACUUCUCCUCUCAGAGCUCAGCUCCCUUUUGGUCAGUGUUUACUCCUCGGGUGGUCAGUACAGCAGUGGCCAGGUAUAACUUUGCAGCACGAGACAUGAGAGAGCUGUCACUGCGAGAAGGAGACAUCGUUAAAAUCUACAGCAAGAUCGGCGGGGACCAGGGCUGGUGGAAAGGAGAAGCCAAUGGACGAAUUGGAUGGUUUCCCUCAACAUACGUGGAUGAAGAAGGAGUGCAGUAAGGCUUGGAUGUUCGCUGGCGUGGCUCCCUUUAAAUCAGGAACCAUCUUCUAUCUACUGUUCUCAGAGAAAAUUACUCACUCUCCUUCUCCAGGAAAAUAACACAAGGAAAAAAACAGAAAUUUUUUGUUGUUGUUUUUGCUGGAUGCUCAUUUUUCAGCGAGUGUUUCUACCCCGUUUCUCUAUCUUUAAUUAUGCAUCAGCUUUGCUUUUGUUUGUAUUUUAUUUUUAGCAGGAUGUCCUGUUUAAUUUCUGUACAGGAAAGAAGAAAAAAUGGCUUGGUGUCUGUCAGCCUCUGUGUGCUCUGAAGAGGCUUUACUGAACUGAGGACACAGCAGAAACAGACUGUGGAUAGCUUUACUUUGAAAAAAGCUCCCCCUUGUUGCAGGUCUAUGCGAGGUGAAUGAAAUAAUUGUAAAGUAUAGAUAAUUUAUUGAAUAGAGAUUAUUAUCAUUACUAAUGAUUAUUGUGGGGAAGUUGAUUUUAGCAGCAGCAAGGAAUCAGAUGAGAAAAACUAAAAAAGAAAAAAAAAAGAAAAAGACAGAUGCUCUGUUUUCAUGUUGAGAGAUUUUGCCUUAGUUGUCAUGGUGAUGCCUUGUGGGCUGACACCAGUGGAGGGAAUCGACUUUGUUGACUGGUUUUACUUCUCCAUGUAUGCAUGUGCCCAUGUGCGGCCCACACAAACACACACACACACAGACCAAUGUACAGUACGGUGCCUUUGAAGAAUGGUCGUUGCUUACUGAACCUCAACAGUAAAGAACAUUGCCAUCCCAAAAAAGACACAUGAAGUCCACAGAGGACUGUGCUGAAGAAGGGGAGAGGCACUUAUACUAAAUACUGGAGACAGCUCGCCUUCUGAGCCCUCCAAAACAACAUGGUGAAGCAUUUAACUUAUCCUAACAGGUGACUGGACGGACUCACAGAGACAGCCGGAGGGUUUUUAAAGCCAACAACAAUCACAUACACUGUCCACAUCAGUCUUGGCGUCACAAGUCAUUGGGUGCAAUCAGCUGGAUGUAAAAGGGAAACAUCAAGACAUUCCACUGGACAACCACUUCACACUUUUAAAUCUUGUGUGUUUCUUUCUUUUUUUUUUU